AUGUCAAGUGGUGGUAAGAAUUAUUGAUAAUUGAAAAGUGAGUAACGAAUAGAUAGGAGAAUUAAUGGAUCUACUAAACUAAGAGCAUGACAGUGAAGAUGAAGGCAUGGAAGAUUAUAAGAUAGGAGGUUGGUUUAAUAUGACUAAAAGAAAGGAUAUCAUCCAGUUCAUGUAGGAGAAGUGCUGCUGAAUCGUUAUGUAAUAAUCCAGAAACUGGGUUGGGGUCAUUUUUCAACUGUUUGGUUAGCAAAGGAUUUUAAAUAUGACACAUAUGUGGCGUUAAAGAUAUAGAAGAGUGCAUCACAUUAUUUAGAGGCAGCAUAUGAUGAAGUAAAGCAUGGUUUGUAAUAUUUUGAUUAGGUAGAGAUUUUGCAGAAAGUAGCAUAGAAUGUAUAAAAUCCUGUAUGGAUAUCCUCAUUAAAAGAAUAUUAUGCAGAGGUAAGAGUUUGAUUGAAUAGUUGAAAAAAGGAGGGUAGAACACACUUCAAUCGAGACGAUACUCACACAGUGUAGUUGUUAAAUUCAUUUGUAUACAAGGGACCUUAUGGACAUCAUUUUUGUAUGGUUUUUGAGAUAUUGGGAGUGAAUUUAUUGGAGAUAAUAAAACGAUACAAUUAUAAAGGGGUAUGAAAAUAGAAUGUAAAAUUAAGUGUCCAAUGGAUGUGGUACGAAAGAUGGGUAAAUAGAUAUUGAUAGGUUUGGAUUACUUACAUAGGAUUUGUGGAGUGAUUCACACAGAUUUAAAGCCAGAGAAUGUGCUUGUAUGUUUAUCAGAUGAGGAGAUAAAGGAUAUAGUAGAGAAUGGUUAAUUGUCAUCAAAUUAGGAAUUUUCAGAUAGAAUUCAUAUAUAUAGAAAGAUGUUAGGGUUAGUAUCAUAAGAAUAGAAGAAGGAAGAGUAGAAGGAAGAAGAUUCAGAAGAAGAGGAGACAUGUAUGAGUAAGACAUAGAGAAGAAAGUUGUAGAGAAAGAAGAAGAAGAAAUAGAAAGAGAAGGAGAUUGUAAAAUAGGAGGAGGAGGAAAUACCAAAAUCAAUUAAGGAUUUAUUUAAAUAAGAUAAAUAAAAGAAGUAAUUAUGUAUAUUAUAAAUAUAGAAUAUCAUUUAAAACUUAGAAACCUUUACCUGAUAAUUUUAGAGUAAAGAUUGCAGAUUUAGGAAAUGCUUGUUGGAUUCAUCAUCAUUUUUCAACAUUAAUUUAAACAAGGUAAUAUAGAUCUCCAGAAGUAUUACUGGGAAUUAAAUAUAAUCCAACAGCAGAUAUUUGGAGUUUUGCAUGCAUGAUUUUUGAAAUGUUAACAGGAGAUUAUUUAUUUGAACCUAGAUAAGGACCUAAUUUUUCAAAGAAUGAAGAUCAUUUAGCAUAGAUCUAAGAAUUAUUAGGUAAAUUUCCUUAUGAGUAUGGAACUAGAGGGGCAAAGGCAAAAGUAUUAAAUUAAUAAUAAACGAAGCGUUACUUUUCACAAAAUGGGGUAAUGAAGAGAAUUCAAUAAUUACAUUAUUGGAAUUUAUAUAAUGUAUUAACUGAGAAAUAUAGAUUCAAAGUAUAGGAAGCAUUGUCAUUUUGUUCAUUUAUGUUACCUAUGUUACAUCAGAUGCCAGAGUAUAGAACCACUGCCUAAGAAACUUUAAAGAGAGAGUUGUGUUGUAAUGUGAGUAGUGAAUAGGUUUUAAAGAGAUAUAUAGAUUAAGUUUUUCAAUUCUAAAAUUUUAGAGAGUUUAUUCCACCUUCAGGAUGGUUUAAACAGAAAACAGAUAGCGGACAUAAGAUGAGUGAAGAAGAAUAUCAUAUCUUUACAGCUUAGAAAAAGAUUAAUUAUGAAUAAGAAGAAUUAGAAUAGGGAUAGAUUUGCGAUGGAAUUCAGCCUACUUUAUUAGUCAAUUAUAGAAGAGUACUUUUUAUUAUUAUAUUUUGAUAGGCAUCAACUAGAUCUUAUGAAGGAUCAAUCUCAUUAAGUCCAGAAGUAGAUAUAAUACCUAAUAAAUAAGGUAAAUAUGUUGAUCAUAGAAUUAUUGAUCGAUCAUUCACUGAUCUAGGAUAUAUUGGGUAUGGUGAAGGAAUUAAUCUAGAAUAAUUAGAUAGCACAGGUAAUUGGUAAUUUAGUUGAGUAUUAAUAUACGUA